AUGAGCAACAACGUCGAAGAGAUCAUGAAUCAACUGGAACAAAUGGUUCGAGCGGAUAGAGCCAUACCACUUGAGCUCGAAGAACAGAGAUUGAGUCUCCAAGAACGAGAUGAAAUCACUGCUCUAAUGGAGCGUAUGCAGCCAGUAUAUCAGCGACUCGACGAAGUUCUGCCCAUAUAUCUUCAACUGUCGUCCAAUAUUGAAUCGGCAAAGCGCAUGAUCGCCUUGAAGUAUCUCUAUGAGGACCAACUCGAGAUACUGUACGAAAGCCGUUUCAUCCUAACUCUUAUGGCUCUUCAACGAAUCCAGGACCAGUUCCACUCUUGUUUCGCCUACGUCCGAACAACCAUUACUGCCAUGGCGGAGCAACAACAACGUGGAAUCUAA